CUCGGGAGCGCCUAAUUUGGGAUCUCUUGGUAGACAGUACUGGACAGUACCGUUAGUCGUACCCGUUCGCGAAUUCUUGAAUCGACACGCGUCUUCUGAAACUCUCUUUAGAAAUAAACACAUUUUGGGUGUUAAUUGGUGGUUCUAUUAGUACUUUCAGUGAUGUUUGGAGUGUCUAAAUGGGUGUUUUUACUAUCAUAUAUGUCGCUAGUGGCGCUACAGUCGAUCGGCCAAGACGGCAAUUUCCGAUCUCAAGAAGUUAUCGAUAAUAAUGGACCUCAAGGUAGAAACUUACUAGACUGGAUUGGAUUUGGUACUGGCCCGGAAACUGAUCCUUAUUUAGCUAGGACCAACGGUGCCUGUUUAAAUGGUGAUCUAGCAGAAUGCUUUAAAUCGAGAGCUCUGGCGUCCUUUGAGGACUUCUUUACAAAACCGGAAUAUUAUCUCAGUGAAAAUGCCCGGAUUAGAAGGAUGCCCGAAACUCAACUUCGACAGUUAUCUCAAGAGCCUUACGAAUAUUCGGAGAGUCCCAGAGCAGACGAGCCAGAGUGGGACCAACUACUUAAAUUUGGCAAGAGAAAGUUGGAAAAGUUCUUAAAAUCAACCGUAUUUGAGCUUGAUUUUGAUGAAGAAGUUACGGAGAGAGGAAGGUACUCACCAAGAUUUAUUGACGAAAUUGCUGGAGAAAUUGACAUUAUAGAAGAUAAAAAAGAUACUUUAUUUAAAAGAAAACAGUUGAAGAAGCUCUUCAUUCCACUACUUCUGGUUUUGAAAUUGUUUAAACUUAAGUUGCUGCUUUUCCUUCCGCUAAUUUUGGGACUAGCUUCAUUCAAGAAACUACUCGGCUUCCUUGCACUUAUUAUUCCAGGAGCAAUUGCAUUCUUCAAUUUCUGCAAGCCAAUUCUGAAACAAAAUGGAGGCUCUUUCUUCGGUCCUGUUGGUCCACAAUAUUCCCCAGCCGGAGUAGCUUACCAACAACAUUAUUCUCCCAAUUAUCAUCACCAGCAAUACAGCGACUAUCCUCAUCAUGGUUACGGAUCUGGUGUUCAUUUCAGAAACGACGAAGACUCUGCUCAACAUUUAGCUUACAAUGGUUGGAGGGAAUAUAGAAGUAAAGAUAAAGGAAUAGAAGCAGAAGUUACACCUACGAAAAAAUCUAUCUUACCUGACUCGUAAUCUAGUAUAAGCAAUAUUAGUUAGACUAGUUUAGUUUAAGUAGUUGACAAAAAUGUAGAGUUAGCGACAAAUUGUAAAAUAAAGUAUAAUUUUUUAUAUCUACAAUUUGAGGUAUUAUCUAAAAAGUAUACUUUAUUUUGAGAUUUUUAAAAUUAUAAUUUUUUAUUGAUCGACUGAAGUAUACAUAUCGUAUUAAGAAUACUCUUCCCCACUAAGUUACUUUUUGAAGAGUCACUACAUCAUUCAAUCAGUUCCUAAUAUGAUAUAGAGAUGGCGCCACUACUAAUAAGUUGUAUAGUUUAAAAAAAUUAACCUUCAAACACCACCUGUCAAAGUUUUACUUAAAUAUGGGUAUUAGGUAUUUUGUAACGUAUAUAUGUAGUAGAUAAUGUGACGUUACUUUUGCUAAUCAACUGUUGUUAAUGUGAAUAAGCCACAAUUUUACCAAAAAAAUAAUUUUAUUAACAUUUCGAAGCCCAAAUCGGGUUUCAUUGUCAAAAUACAAAAUACUACUAAAAUAAACAAAAAUGUUGUUGCUAAGUAAAAACAUUCUUCUAAUAAUUUAUUUAAUCUGACUCAUUUAUAUUGGCAAUUCAGACGUAUAUUAUACAUUUUAAAGUAGAAGACUUAAAAAUGAUAUCGCCAAUAUUUAUGAGUUGUGUUCCUGGGACGACUUUACUAAAAGAUAGUUCAUUCGAUUAAAUGAAAUCAAUCCCAACUCAAGAAUAUCCGUCAAAAAAAAAUUAAAGCAUGUGAUCUGUCUUUAACUCGCCGUUACACGCGUCUUCUAUUGUGUCAUGGUUGCACGCGUAUGAGCGUCGCCCUCACCUACAUCAAUUCGACUUAUUUCGAGGAAGAAUGAAUGUCAACAUGUAUAACUGUAAAAUGGGUUGUACUCACAUAUUAUAGAAGGUCUCGUAAACCAAUUUUUUUUUAUUAAUUUAACAAAACAAAAGUAAAAAUAAUAUAGAUCAAAAGCAAGUUUUCCUUAUUUUCAAUUUCAGGAACCCACUGAAGUAAUUGACGUUCUUUACGCGAAUUCAUUUUACUAAAAAUACAAAUUAAAAUUAACAACUAUUCUGGAGCUAUUUCUUUGUGG